AUGAUUUCGACAGCCUCUUCGUUUCUGCCUUCCCGCUUUCGCGGGGAGCAGCCGUCAGAGAAGGCGGCUGCUCCGAACUGGAUCAGCAAAAAGCUCACGCCGGUGCUGCAGCUCCUGUCGAGCCUCACAUCGUCUCACCCAAUUCACACAAUCGUCAUUGUCGCAGUGCUUGCAAGCUCGACGUAUAUGGGACUGCUAGAAGAAAGCCUGUUUGAUGCCGGCCGCUCUGCCAGCCGGGCUGACUGGUCGUCCCUCGUCGAGGGCAGCCGCAGCCUGCGAGCCGGCCCCGACACUACGUGGAAGUGGCAGCCUUGGGAUGCUGAGGCGUCCAAGGAUCCCAUCGGCUCCGAUCACCUGGCCCUGCUCACCUUCAUCUUCCCCGGCUCGCUCUCCGCCAGCGCCCCGAAGACGGCCCCGCUGCUCAAUACUGUUCCCAUGCCCGAGAACAUGACGACUCUUGCGCUUCCCUCGACGCCCAACCCACUGGCAGCCUACUCUCAGGACAGCUCACUGGCGUUUGCCGUGCCGUACGCCGAUGCCGCUCUGUUCACUGCUGCGGCGCGCGAGAUCCCCAACGCCGGAAAGGACACGACGCAGAUCACCGAGGAACACGGCCGCGAGGACAAGCUGUGGAUCAUGAAGGCGGCCGGUGCGCAGACACGUUCUAGCGUCGUGCGCUGGCUGCAGAACGGCUGGGUCGAGUUUCUUGACCUGCUGAAGAAUGCCGAGACGCUUGAUAUCAUCAUUAUGGUUCUUGGCUACAUGUCCAUGCAUCUGACGUUUGUCUCUCUCUUUGUGUCGAUGCGGCGUAUGGGCUCCAACUUCUGGCUCGCUGCCAGCGUUUUGUUCUCGUCCAUCUUUGCCUUCCUUUUCGGCCUCAUCGCCACGACCAAGCUUGGCGUCCGCGUGAACAUGGUUCUGCUUUCCGAGGGCCUGCCCUUCCUCGUUGUCACGAUCGGCUUUGAGAAGAACAUUGCUCUCACAAAAGCGGUCUUGUCCCACGCGCUGGAGCAUCGCCGGAAUCAGGAGAAGGGCCUUGCCGGCGACAGCACCGCCCGCCGGGGUCUGUCUUCGGGCAAGAAGAUCAUCACUGCCAGGUCCCCCAGCGUGAUCCAGUACGCCAUUCAGAUGGCCAUCAAGGAGAAGGGGUACGACAUUGUUCGGGACUACGCCAUCGAGAUUCUCAUUCUCAUCAUCGGCGCUGCUUCCGGCGUCCAGGGAGGGCUGCAGCAGUUCUGCUUCUUCGCCGCCUGGAUCCUCUUCUUUGACGGCAUCCUGCUCUUCUCGUUCUACACAGCCAUUCUCUGCAUCAAGCUGGAGAUCAACCGGAUUAAGCGUCACGUGGAAAUGCGAAAGGCUCUGGAGGAGGACGGCGUCAGCCACCGGGUGGCGGAGAAUGUUGCACGGAGCAACGACUGGCCGAGAGUCGACGGGAAGGGCGAUCCAAGCACGACCAUCUUCGGGCGGCAGAUCAAGAACACCAGCGUUCCCAAGUUCAAGGUGCUGAUGGUGUCUGGGUUUGUCAUUAUCAAUCUUCUAAACCUGUGCACGCUGCCGUUCCGGAACGCAGAGUCGACGCUCUCGUCGAUCUCGUCGAUCACGGGCGGUCUCGGUGGAGUGAUGGCGCCGCCGCCGGUCGACCCGUUCAAGGUUGCCUCCAACGGCCUGGACACCCUGCUUGCGUCAGCUAGGAAAGGUAACCGGGAAACGAUUGUGACGGUGCUGACGCCGAUCAAGUACGAGCUUGAGUAUCCGUCGGUGCACUACGCCCUUCCUUCGUCGCGACUGAACGGAGGCUCUGGACGCGACGCCGGCCAUGAUGCAUAUGACUAUGUGGGUGGCCGCAUGGUGGGCAGCAUUCUCAAGAGCCUGGAAGACCCUGUUCUCUCUAAGUGGAUCAUUGUGGCUCUGGCCAUGAGCGUGGCUCUCAACGGCUAUCUCUUCAAUGCAGCUCGGUGGGGCAUCAAGGACCCUAACAUUGCAUUCCAUCCCAUCGACCCACAGGAGUUAGCCCAGGCACAAAAGUUCAACGAGACGGAUUCGGCAACUCUGCCUCUGGGCGAAUUUGUGCCGCCCGGAACGCCGGUAAAGCCGAUGACACCCGCCCUGACGGACGACGAGGGCGACCAGCUGUCGAUGCGGCCACUAAAGAAAAAGGAGCCGAUGAGCAAGUCGCAGGCCCAGCUGGAUCUUCUCAAAGCGCAGUCGUCUCUGGUGACACAGCGCACGUCUGCCGAACUGGACAAGAUGCUCAAGGAACAGCGCGCACACGAGCUAACGGAUGCGGAGCUGGUUUUGCUCUCGCUGCGAGGCAAGAUUCCUGGAUAUGCGCUGGAGAAGACGUUGAAGGAUUUUACACGAGCAGUCAAGAUCCGACGGUCGAUCAUCGCACGCACAAAGGCAACGGAGGAACUCACCGGGCUUCUCGACGAAUCGGACCUCCCGUACGACGGCUACAACUGGGCACAGGUGUUUGGGCAGUGCUGCGAGAACGUGAUUGGGUACAUGCCGAUCCCGGUUGGUGUGGCCGGCCCGCUCGUGAUUGACGGCAAGAGCUAUUUCAUCCCGAUGGCAACGACAGAGGGCGUGCUGGUUGCCAGUACCAGCCGCGGCUGCAAGGCGAUCAACGCGGGUGGCGGUGCAGUAACGGUGCUGACGGCGGACGGGAUGACGCGCGGGCCUUGCCUAAGCUUCGAGACGGUAGAGCGUGCGGGAGCGGCCAAGAUCUGGCUGGACUCGGAGGACGGACAGACGACGAUGCGCAAGGCGUUUAACUCGACCAGCCGAUUCGCACGACUGUCGGAAAUGAAGACGGCACUGGCAGGCACGAACCUGUACGUGCGGUUCAAGACGACGACGGGCGAUGCGAUGGGCAUGAACAUGAUUUCGAAGGGGGUGGAACACGCGCUGAAUGUGAUGCGGAAUGAGUCGGGCUUUGAGGACAUGAACAUUGUGUCGCUGAGUGGCAACUACUGCAUCGACAAGAAGGCGGCAGCGAUCAACUGGAUCGACGGACGUGGCAAGAGCGUGGUGGCCGAGGCGAUUAUCCCGGCGGAGGUUGUGAAGAGCGUGCUGAAGAGCGACGUGGACUCGCUGGUGGAGCUGAACAUUUCAAAGAACCUGAUCGGAUCGGCGAUGGCGGGAGCGAUUGGUGGAUUCAACGCGCACGCAGCGAACAUUGUGGCGGCGAUCUACAUUGCGACGGGCCAGGACCCGGCACAGGUUGUGGAGAGCGCCAAUUGCAUCACGAUCAUGAAGAAUCUUCGCGGCUCUCUGCAAAUCUCGGUGUCGAUGCCUUCAAUCGAGGUGGGCACACUUGGAGGCGGCACAAUUUUGGAGCCGCAGGGAGCGAUGCUCGACAUGCUCGGCGUACGUGGACCUCACCCGACGAACCCAGGCGAAAAUGCGCGACGGUUGGCGCGCGUGAUUGCAGCGGCCACGUUAGCAGGCGAGCUGUCUCUCUGCUCUGCGCUGGCAGCCGGCCAUUUGGUCAAGGCGCACAUGGCUCACAACCGGUCGCAGCCACCGACACGGACGACGACUCCGGCUCCCUCGGGGACGGUGACGCCGGCCUUGUCGAUGACGAACAUGGCGAGCGUGGUGGCGCCCAGUGCGGCCGCAGUUGAGCGGUCGAGGCGAUAA